GUAAUCUAGGUGUUGUGAUACGAAUUACAGCGUUAUGGCAUUGUGCCAAAGAGUUUUGAGAAAAUGUUCUAGUUUGCUGCACAGGAAUUUGGGCUGCAGUAAUGGUUUAUAUACAAGAUACCAUUCAGCUAUGUUACCAGUUGGGUCAGAUCCGGACGUAAAAUCGGAAAUAUUUCUCGAGAAUGAAGCAAGUAUGAAAAAACUUGUUACAGAAUUGAAGCAAAACAUUGAAAAUAUUUCACAAGGGGGUGAUGAGAAUGCUCGCAAUCGACAUACAUCGCGAGGAAAAUUACUAGUACGAGAACGAAUCCAAGAAUUGUUGGACCCUGGGUCUCCAUUUUUAGAAUUUUCACAACUUGCUGGGUAUGAUUUAUAUGGAAAAGAAAAAGUCCCGGCGGGGGGGAUUGUAACUGGAAUUGGGCGAAUAAUGGGGCAGGAAUGUAUGGUCAUCGCAAACGAUGCGACUGUAAAAGGAGGAGCAUAUUAUCCUAUCACAGUACAGAAGCAUGUGAGGGCUCAAACAAUUGCUAAAGAAAACAAUUUAACUUGUGUAUAUCUGGUUGACUCAGGCGGUGCAAACUUGCCUCGACAAGCAGAUGUUUUUCCAGAUCGUGAUCAUUUCGGACGAAUAUUUUUUAAUCAGGCUUCCAUGUCAGCGCAAGGAAUUCCUCAGAUUGCUGUCGUAAUGGGUUCGUGCACAGCAGGUGGCGCCUAUGUGCCCGCGAUGUCAGAUGAAAGCGUGAUUGUGAAGAAACAAGGAACAAUUUUUCUUGGAGGACCGCCAUUGGUCUAUGCAGCGACAGGUGAAAAAGUAUCACCAGAAGAUUUAGGUGGCGCUGAUUUGCAUUGUAAGCAUUCAGGCGUGACUGAUCAUUAUGCGUUGGAUGAUGCACAUGCGCUACAUAUUGCACGAGGAAUCGUCGAAAAUUUAAAUCGAGAGAAAGAUGUUACUACGACUUUAAAAGCACCGGAAGAUCCGUUAUAUGACCCAGAAGAGCUUUACGGAAUCGUUGGAAGCAAUUUGAAACGGACUUUCGAUGUACGAGAAGUCAUUGCCAGGGUCGUUGACGGCAGUAAAUUUCACGAAUUUAAGAAAUUAUACGGGGAUACAUUAGUUUGUGGAUUUUCUCGUAUUUUCGGUGUUCCUGUUGGGAUUAUUGGGAACAACGGUGUUUUGUUUUCUGAAUCAGCACUAAAGGGAACACAUUUUAUCGAGUUGUGUUGUCAACGUAAAAUUCCACUUUUAUUUCUACAAAAUAUAACCGGAUUUAUGGUCGGACGAGAAGCGGAAGAAGGCGGAAUCGCAAAGGACGGAGCAAAGAUGGUUACAGCAGUUGCAUGCGCUCAAGUUCCGAAAAUCACUGUCAUAAUCGGGGGGUCAUAUGGUGCAGGCAAUUAUGGAAUGUGUGGUCGUGCUUACGGUCCUAGGUUCUUAUACAUGUGGCCGAAUGCACGGAUUUCCGUGAUGGGGGGAGAGCAAGCCGCAACGGUUUUAGCAACAAUAACAAAAGAUCAAAGAGAACGCGAAGGAAAAACUUUUUCAGCUGAGGAGGAAAAAGCAUUAAAAGACCCAAUUAUAUCUCGUUUUGAAAAGGAAGGGAACCCAUAUUUUUCGAGCGCUCGACUUUGGGAUGACGGCGUUAUUGAUCCGACCGAUACAAGAAUGGUCGUCGGACUGAGUCUACAUGCAACUCUGAACGCUCAGAUACCAAAUACGAAAUUCGGAGUUUUUAGGAUGUAAUAGAAGCAACGUUGGUAUUUUAGAAUCCAUCUCCAAUUUUUAAUUUCAUUUUGAAUAGAUCGAUUUCACCUAAAACUUUUAUUAUUCUCCUACUUUUUCUCUGAGAAAGCCCAAUUUCAUCUAUAUAGGAAUUUCGCUAAACAUUGACAUUUUGGGCCAUGUUCACAACAUGACUUAAGUGUAUCUAGUUGGCAUGGCAUAACCAUUUUUGCAUGUGUUAUUCUAAUAUUCUUAUUCCUAACCCCCACCUGACUAUGUCAUUCAAAAAUUGUGUCACUUCGACGUAUAAUACUAUAUAGUUUUAAUAUCUCUUGAAAUUUUACUGGUAGCUUGUAACUUCGUUCAAAGUUGGGUCUCUUUUACCACUGAGUGACCUUGCAAAGAAAUUUGCUUCAAGGGAAACCAAUUCGAUAAAUUAUGCCUGAAUUACACAUAUUAUGGUUGGUUCAUGUUUGGCCACACUUGUUGAAAUGUUCCUCGUUAUUUU